UUUGUUCGUCUUUCAUGAAGUCUCCGUAUGCAGAGAGCUCCAAAUGGAACCAAACGCCAUGAUUUCACCGUAAUUUUCAGAGAAGGAAGGAAACACCGUUAUCUCUUCUGCGCUGGUUUCUGCAAGCGAACGUGGGACGGGGGGCCAGGAGGAGAGAGAGGAACAGGAGAGAUGCCUAGCGUCGCUGUGAAGUUAUAUAGUGUAUUCUUCAAAUUUCUGCUCAAACACCGUUUGCAGAACCAUAGCCAAAGCCCUUUGGAUGAUGAUAGCUCUUUUGGUGUCACCACGCGCCCCGAAGAAUCAGUCGCCGCCGCUAACCCUUCCUUCACCGACGGCGUUGCCACCAAAGACAUUCACAUUGAUCCUUUCACCUCUCUCUCCGUCCGUAUCUUCCUCCCUGAGACCUGUCUUGCUGCCUCCGAUUCCGAUUCCAAACUCCAAGCUAGGGCUAGGAUCAAGGCUUCUGCGAGGUCCUCGAAUCCGGAUUCUUCACAUUCUUCCAUCAAUGACCAUAACAGCCUCCAUCGUCGCAACAGCUAUGGCCCCUCCACCUCUUCCAAGUCUGCUGCUAAUCUGGCUGAGCAGAUCCGCAGGAGCAGCUACGGUGGUAGCGCCGAGGCUGAGAGCUUGGCUUCGAAACAGGAGACGGGACCUUACGGGGGUUAUUCUCCGUCCCUUGACAAUAACCGACGGUCUAGUCGGAAAUUGCCAGUUUUGUUGCAAUUUCAUGGCGGAGGGUUUGUUGCUAGCAGCAAAGACUCAUCUGCCAAUGAUUUCUUCUGCAGACGGAUCGUCAAAUUGUGUGAUGUGAUUGUCAUUGCGGUUGGUUACAGGCUAGCGCCCGAGAACCGGUAUCCGGCGGCCUUCGAUGAUGGAUUGAAGGCUUUGCAUUGGUUGGCGAAGCAGGUCAAUCUGGCGGAGUGUGGUAAGUCCCUUUUGAGUAAACGUGCUGACGGUUCUGAUAUCCAGAGAUCUGAUAUUCAUCGGCAUAUUGUUGACAUUGGUGCGUCAAUGGUGGAGCCUUGGUUAGCUGCCCAUGGAGAUCCCACGAGGUGCGUACUCUUGGGUGUGAGCUGUGGUGCAAACAUUGCAGACUAUGUAGCUCGGAAAGCUGUGGAGGCAGGCAAACUUCUGGAUCCUGUCAAAGUUGUGGCACAGGUCUUAAUGUAUCCCUUCUUCAUUGGUAGUGUCCCCACACAUUCGGAGAUCAAACUAGCAAACUCUUACUUCUAUGAUAAAGCUAUGUGCAUACUUGCAUGGAAACUCUUCUUACCAGAGGAGGAGUUUAGCCUGGACCAUCCUGCUGCCAAUCCUCUCAUUCCUGGGAGGGAGCCACCACUUAAGUACAUGCCCCCAACACUAACAGUUGUUGCAGAACAUGACUGGAUGCGAGAUCGUGCCAUUGCAUACUCAGAAGAGCUCAGGAAGGUUAAUGUUGAUGCUCCUGUCCUUGAGUAUAAAGAUGCUGUGCAUGAGUUUGCAACACUUGACAUGCUCCUUAGGACCCCGCAGGCCCAAGCCUGUGCAGAGGACAUUGCGAUCUGGGUCAAGAAGUACAUCUCACUCAGAGGUCACGAGUUCUCCUAUUAAGUAGAUGUAAACAAAGGCAGCAAUAGUUGCAGCCAGAGCAACAUUUUUGUGUAUUCUUGUUUCUUUUACAAGGGAGGGAGCAUCACAAUAAUCCCUCCCAUUACUCUGGCUGUCCUAUACGUGGGGUGUGCUUUCCUGCCAAUCUUGCUGUUAUAGCUUCAGAUUUGUUCCAAUCCUUCUUCUUUUUCUUUUUUCUCCCUUCGCUCCUUUUUAUAAGAAGUAUCAUCGGAGAUUAUGAUUUGUUUGGACAGUGAGAUGUAUUGCCCUCCAUGUUCAAGUUCGUGUUCUUCAGAUGUUCUAAGAGCGUCUUUGUUCUUGCUUUCUCCAUCCCCGUGAGAUGUAUUAUUUGUCAUGAAUAGAAUUCAAUUAAU